AGACAAGUAUCUGGCUUGAGAGUGUCUGCAACAAGACACAGUUGCCGGUGACGGAUGACUUGACACUGAACACAACUCUUUGCUUCGAGCCUGUCAUUGCUGAAGAAGAGGAACCGAACGGAGAGGGAAAACUUUGAGGGGAUGACAGACAGUUGGAAUCAGGAUGAUGACUCUUUGAGCUUGGUGCGUGAUCUUGAUGCCUGCCAAAGCAGACGGACAGCUGAGGACACUUACAAUUUGGCAACAAAGAGCAGAAAAAGACAAAAGAGAUGGAGACAAAUCGACUCAAACCACCAGAGCAAGAGAUGUCCAGCUGUAACCAGUCUGCAGCAGGCCAUGCAGAAUCUACAUCUCAAUCAGCAGAAAAGGUCUCACAAAGUGUAAAAAUCCCAAACAAGAUGCAACUUAACAAGAGAAGUGGAACGGGAGAGACUCUUCUGCAUAAAGUAUGCAGAAAAAAAGAUCUGACACAAGUGAAAAUUCUCAUUCAAGCUGGGAUCAGCAUUAACAUGCAGGAUUAUGCAGGUUGGACGGCUCUUCAUGAGGCUUCUGCUGUUGGUGCCAAGGCAGUGGUUGAGGAGCUGUUGAACGCUGGAGCUAAUGUUGAUGCCAGAAACUAUGAUGGUGUCACUCCCCUACAUGAUGCUGUUAACUCUGGACACUAUGAGGUGUGUGGCCAACACCCUUCGGCAUCUGUUGAAAGGUCAACUCGUCUCCCUUGCCUCAUGUCAGAAGAACUUGGUGGAGAUCCUCCAGAAGCAAAUGCAUUUGGUAGAGGUGUGACGUUCAGAGACAAACCUUUGUCUCACUACUUAUUGAACAUUGAGGCUGAAGAAACCAAACCACAGACUCAUCAUGAGGACAAUGUUCAGCACUGCAGAGCUAGUUCUUCUCAGAGGGUACUGUUCACAGACACAUCGACCCUGAACUGUCUGAUGAAAAUCAAGAUAUUCCAUCUGGUGACUGAUGAGGAAGUGCUGCCAAAUGCUAUUAUGGAUUGUUACUGGGAGACGCUCCUAAAGAAAGACUAUUCAGAGUCUAAAGACUGGGGGUUGAAGACUUCUGAUUAUCCCUCCUCACAUUUUGUCCACAACUGUUCAUUCUGAAAAAUUUGAUUUAACUUAGUCACAAAUUUUGUGAUCACUUUACUGUACUUACCGUGGGUACAAUGUGACUCUCAAAGAGUGAUCAUAUCCAAAACCCUAAAUGCCAGUGAAUAGUUUUUCAGGGUUUAUCACAGGUUUGUUGUUCUCAUGUGUUUGUACUUCAGGU